AUGUCUUCCUCAAUUGAAGGCCUCACCAAGCCUACCAUUGACGAGCUGAGCAAGGCCGGUGUCAAUCUGACUGUUGCUUGCCGUACGCUCGAGAGUGCUCAGCAGCUCUGCAAGGGCAUCAAGAACACGAACGCCAUCUCGCUGGACGUCAAUGACUCUGCUGCCCUAGAUGCCGAGCUGGCCAAGGUCGAGCUGGUCAUCUCCCUCAUCCCAUACAUCCACCACGCUACCGUCAUCAAGGGAGCUAUCCGCACCAAGAAGAAUGUAGUCACUACUUCAUACGUCUCGCCAGCCAUGAUGGAGCUGGAUGAAGAUGCUAAGAAGGCCGGAAUCACAGUCAUGAACGAGAUUGGUCUUGACCCUGGCAUUGACCACUUGUAUGCCGUCAAGACCAUCACAGAGGUCCAUGAAGCCGGUGGCAAGGUCACAUCCUUCCUGUCCUACUGUGGUGGCCUCCCAGCCCCAGAGUGCUCCGACAACCCACUAGGUUACAAAUUCUCCUGGUCAAGCAGAGGUAUGCUUCUCGCCCUCCGCAAUGACGCCAAGUACUACGAAGACGGCAAGAUCGUCUCCGUCCCCGGUCCCGACCUCAUGGACACCGCAAAGCCAUACUUCAUCUACCCAGGUUUCGCCUUCGUAGCCUACGGCAACCGUGACUCGACCCCUUACAAGGAACGCUACCAGAUGCCAGAAGCCCAGACCAUCGUCCGUGGCACUCUUCGCUUCCAGGGCUUCCCACAGAUGAUCCGCACCCUAGUUGAUCUAGGUUUCCUCAAGGAAGACGAGAAGGAGUUCAUGAAGACUGCUAUUCCAUGGAAAGAGGCCAUGAAGCAGCUUCUUGGCGCCUCUUCCUCCGACGAGAAGGAUCUCCAGUGGGCUAUCUCCUCCAAGACCAAGUUCGCUAACAACGAGGAGAAGGACCGUAUCAUGGCUGCUCUUCGAUGGAUUGGCGUUUUCUCUGACGAGAAGAUUACCCCCCGUAACAACCCGCUUGAUACCCUUUGUGCUACCCUCGAGCAGAAGAUGCAGUAUGGUCCCGGCGAGAGGGAUAUGGUUAUGCUUCAGCAUCGAUUCGAGAUCGAGAACAAGGACGGUUCCAAGGAGACCCGUACCAGCACCCUCUGUGACUAUGGUGAUCCAAACGGUUACUCUGCCAUGGCUAAGCUCGUGGGUAUCCCUUGUGCCGUUGCUGUCAGGCAGGUUCUUGACGGCACUCUUAGCGAGAAGGGUAUCCUUGCUCCCAUGAACAUGAAGAUCUGUGGCCCUCUGAUCAAGGCCUUGAAGGAGGAGUACGGCAUCGAGAUGAUCGAGAAGACUCUCUAA